AUGGCACCUGUGAUACGAAUACUACUUCCGAGACUAGUUCAACCCUGUGAAGAAUUUUUUUUUGGAGGUUAUGUUUAUUAUUCAGAUUUAGAGAUAAUUAUUUAUUUUACUAAUUUUUCAACGGAAAAAACACAAUUUGAAAGAAAGCGUUGUGAAAUUGAUAAUGUUGUUUAUGGAUGUUAUGAUAAAAGGCGGCAUUACUUGAACAAAAAAGUGUUAAAAAGGUAUAACAAUAUAGUAAUCAUUGACCAUAACAUCGAACCUAAAAUAAAGGAUGUAUAUUUGAAUGGAAAGCAAGUUGAUUUAGCAGAUUGUAUCGUUAUAUUAUAUGACUACGAAAAAAUUGUGAAUUCUGAGGUCAAAUGGGAGUUUGAUGACAUGUUUUCAAAGUUACAAUCACUAAUACAAAAUCAAGAUGAUCAAUCAAACAUCAUGUGUUCUGAACCAUUAAUUAUGUGCCCAUCGUGGUUAGCAUCCUCAAUGUUCAUUCAGCAUAUUAUUAACUAUAUUAAUAUUAUUCAUUGGGCUGUGAUGUCAGUCAAAAGAAAUAGAAAAAUUUCCAUAAAACAUGGCAAUUUAUUGCUGUCAAUUCUUAUGGACAUUUUUUUGGGGUACCUUGCAUUACAUUAUCUCGCACAAUAUAAAAAUGAACUAAGUACCAUAUUAAUGGGUAUGUUGGAGAAACUUAUAAACAUGCUCUAUUUUCUACUAAAGUGGUUAAUGGGUGCUCCCGCUGGACUAAAAUUAAACAAUGCUUUUAAUAAAAUGCUUGGGAAGUACUUUUCUUACCAUGUCCAACUGUGGUGGCUGUUUUUAGAUGUUUCUGGAGAAAAAUUUGAUCAUAUUUUACAUUUAUAUUAUUAUCUGGGAUAUUUAGGUUUCACAUUUCAAGCUGCAGUAAUAUCAGACAUGAUUUCUGUGGCAACAUUCCAUUCUUAUUGCAUUUAUGUGUAUGCUGCCAGAAUGUUCAAUAUACAAGUGUCUGGAUUGAUUGCUUUGAUGCGUUUUUUCGUUGGAAGAAAAUACAAUCCUCUCAGAGGUAGUAUAGAUUCGUGUGAAUAUUCCAACCAGGAGUUGUUUGUUGGUACAGUUGCUUUCACGAUAUUGUUGCUUUUGUUACCCACAACAACUAUGUAUUACAUUGUUUUCACGUUGUUUCGAAUGCUGUCAUUGUUAGUACAGUAUGCAUUGGCAAAAUUAAUUUAUAUUCUUCAAACUCUACCAUUGUACGUCGUAAGUUUGUGGCUGCUUCGUUCUCCGAAAGUGGCAGGAAAUAUCCUUCUAGAAGUAAUCGAUUCUAAAAAAGGGUCGCCAUUAUCAAUAAGACUGAUACUGUUCAACAAAUCAAUAUUCUAUUUGGUAAAUAAUUUUUGUCCACCCGUUGAAAAGCCAAAGAAGUUAGAAUGGGCCAGCAUUUUGUCUAACAUAUUAAGAGGAAAACAAAUAUUGUAA